AUGACAGAUUUAUGCUUGCAGAUCUUGGACACUACCGAAUCAACCACUUCUUCGAUCGAACGCCUGCAUACGAGUGAUUAUGAGAUGUGGCAAGCCCAUUCUCAGAUCUUCGCUUCUCAUGAAGUUAUUAUCGAAAUCUUUAGCGGAAAAAGAGAAAUGCCAGUUGAAGGCACUCCUUCGGAUUAUAUUCAACAUUAUCAAAAUUGUUGCCAAAUCAAGACUACCUUGUCAAACUUUAGCUUAGACUUGGUCGGAUCUAACAUUGAAAAUGAUGACGUUGACGAGAAAGAAAACGAUUUAGGAUAUAUUAUUAUUGAAUUGCACUUGACAGCUUCUGAUUUAAAUUUAAAAUCAAUAGGUUCAUUAAAGCUAAAUUAUGAGAGUAUAAAAAUCAAAUCAGAAUUCCUUCUCUUUAUUAAUGCUGGGAGAAAUGUCGUUGGUGUUUAUGGAACUUGUGUUUAUUGCUCCGGAACUGAUCUUUUACAAGGUCUCGUACAUUCUCAUUCUAUUGAAUUGACAGAAACAAAGCCAUUAAGGAAAGAAUGGAGU